GAGGUUCAGUUCGGACUUCAGCGUCUUUGGCACAAGUUCUCUAUUCUUUUCAUUGUAUUAUUUUUUCUACAGUAGUAUUAAAAAUGGAACUGGAACCACAUUCAAAAUCGAGUCACCUAGCCAUUCAAGAAACAAUUCAGAAAAUAAACGAAAUAAUUGCAAAAACCGAAGAGAAUUGCUUGAAGAAAAUGGGACUGGAUGAGCUCCAGAAGACAAUUACUAUUAUUGACGGGUCCUUGCUGGGAUAUAAGGAGAAGGCCAAGGAUAAUCUCGAUAAGCUUCGCACCGCCAACCGAGGGGUUCUUCACAAAUACGGCAACUGUGAAAAACAAGUCUUCGAGUUGAGUGUCUCCAUCAGAGGUACUCUCGAUACCACGAUUCCCAACUUGAAGAGUCUCGACUUGGGAGUUGAAAAUAAAGAAACCUACUGGACACUGACUGCUGAAGCCCUCACCGACGGCCUAAAUUCACUAAAAACUGCAUCAAAUAAUUUAAAUGGAUUAGAUGGCGGCACUCUAAGAGGUCAUUUCCGGCAAAUGCUUCAAAAUCUCGACCAAGAUAGAGCCAUUAGAGUUCAGAGAUCAACAGAAAACAACAUGAAUGUCGAGGGACCAACGGAAAAAAAGAAAAAAACUGAAAUUAAGGAAGAAAGUAAGGAGCUUACGGAUUACGGAAAUCGUAUUUGGAACUACCUGAGUAGCUACUACCCACAAGGUGUUACCCAGGAAGAACUGGGACACUUUAUGGCUCUAUACGAGAGCCUAAAAAAGAACCUAGAGAAGGCCAUCGAGAUCACGGAUCAGUUUAUCAAAGAGUUGGAGGAAUAUAAAGUUAUUUUUAAGGAAAUCGUACAGCUUAACUCCUCCAAAAAGAAAAUGGCCAAGUUGCUGGUGGAAAAUAGAGACCUGCGAGAUGAUUUAAUUCCCAGUCUGGAGAAACUACGAGUGACAUGUCUCUCCUACAUCACACUCCAAAAGGCUUCGCAUUCAAAACUACUAUAGUUUUCUUGAUUUUAUAUUCCUGUUCUACAAGGUCCUAUAUCCCUAUAUCCUUCAACUGUCCACUUGUAUGAUUUUUCGGUAAUUGUAUUAAAUUUGUGAGGAGAA